AUGCCAGAAGGCUUCCAGACAGCUUCGCGUGGGUACAUCAUCCGUGGCUGGGCGCCGCAGGUGCUCAUUCUAAACCACCCGGCCAUGGCCUGCUUCGUGACGCACUGCGGGUGGAACUCGACGCUGGAGGCGGUGAGCGCCGGCGUACCGAUGAUGACCUGGCCACGGUACGCUGACCAGUUCUUUAACGAGAAGCUCGUCGUGGACGUGCUCAAAGUGGGCGUCAGCGUGGGCGCCAGGGACAACGCGUCGUCUGCGGAGGCCCACCAGGUGAUCGGAGGCGGCGUGAUUGCCAAGUGUGUCACGAGACUGAUGGAGGUGCAGGGCGACGUAAUGCGGAAGAAGGUGGAAGAUCUUGGCGUCAAGGCAAGAGACGCGGUGGAGAAGGGUGGCUCGUCGUACGGUGACGUUGGACGGCUGGUGGACGACCUUAAGGCCCGUCGGAGUAGGCAACGUGAUUGA